UGCUGGCCGCUGGAACUACGGAGAGGAACGUGUCCGCUUCGGUGUCUCCCGCGCCCGUCCGGCGCAUCGAGCCCGGAGACUGGGAAAGGAAGAGCUAGAGUAAGUGCUCCCCUUGGCACGAGUCGGAGGUAGAGUAUUUCCUUCCCUCCAGGCAAGUGCUCAUAGGAAGCGGACCCCGCCCCCUUCCCGGUCUAGGCUCCCUUUCCCCUUCCCCGGCCCCUUUCCUGGUGCGGAACCCAUCAGUUUCUAUUGUUCUGUCAGUGAGCCCCUGCCAAGGCCAUGAAGCUCGUGAGGAAGGACAUUGAGAAGGACAAUGCGGGCCAGGUGACCCUGGUCCCCGAGGAGCCUGAGGACAUGUGGCACACCUACAAUCUAGUGCAGGUGGGCGACAGCUUGCGCGCCUCCACAAUCCGCAAGGUACAGACUGAGUCUUCCACAGGCAGCGUGGGAAGCAACCGGGUCCGCACCACCCUCACUCUCUGCGUGGAAGCCAUCGACUUCGACUCACAAGCCUGCCAGCUGAGGGUCAAGGGGACCAAUAUCCAAGAGAAUGAGUAUGUGAAGAUGGGGGCUUACCACACUAUCGAGCUGGAACCCAACCGCCAAUUCACCUUGGCCAAGAAACAAUGGGACAGUGUGGUUCUGGAGCGCAUCGAGCAGGCCUGUGACCCAGCCUGGAGCGCUGAUGUGGCAGCUGUAGUGAUGCAGGAAGGCCUCGCCCAUAUCUGCCUAGUCACUCCCAGCAUGACCCUCACUCGGGCCAAGGUGGAGGUGAACAUCCCUAGGAAACGGAAAGGCAACUGCUCCCAACAUGACCGGGCCUUGGAGAGGUUCUAUGACCAGGUGAUCCAGGCCAUCCAGCGCCACAUACACUUUGAUGUUGUAAAGUGCAUCCUGGUGGCCAGCCCAGGAUUUGUGAGGGAGCAGUUCUGCGACUACAUGUUUCAGCAAGCUGUGAAGACUGACAACAAAGUGCUCUUGGAAAACCGGUCCAAAUUCCUUCAGGUUCAUGCCUCCUCUGGACACAAGUACUCCCUGAAAGAAGCCCUUUGUGACCCUACUGUAGCUAGCCGCCUUUCAGACACUAAAGCUGCUGGGGAAGUAAAAGCUUUGGAUGACUUCUAUAAAAUGUUACAACAUGAACCUGACCGAGCUUUCUACGGACUCAAGCAGGUGGAGAAGGCCAACGAAGCCAUGGCAAUUGACACGUUGCUCAUCAGUGAUGAGCUUUUCAGGCAUCAGGAUGUAGCCACACGGAGCCGGUAUGUGAGGCUGGUGGACAGUGUGAAAGAGAAUGCAGGCACGGUUAGAAUAUUCUCUAGUCUUCAUGUGUCUGGAGAACAGCUCAGCCAAUUGACUGGAGUAGCUGCCAUUCUCCGCUUCCCUGUCCCUGAACUCUCUGACCAAGAGGAUGAUUCCAGUUCUGAAGAGGAUUGAUGAUUGAAACUUAAAAUUGAGACAACCUUGUGUCUCACUCCUUCACUGUUUCUCAGCAUCCUUGUGACAGAAAGCUGCAAGAAUGGCAUUUUUUGAUUCAUGCAGGGAUUUCUCAUGUAUUUGGUCACACUAGGUGUUUUGUGCUUCAUAGGACAUUUAUUCAAACUAAACAAUAAAGCAAAGGGAACUAGUCUCCAUGUACUACCAUCUUUAUUUAUUAGGUUAAUUUUA